GCAGUUUGCAGCAGUUCUGUCUCCGGCUGCAGAGCGCGACACGCGCUGCCGUGGCAAGUGCCGCGCUGUCUGAACGGCGAUGGUUUGUUGUUCAUCACGUGCGGUGUGGGCACAACGUGCACCUUGUUCGGGAAUGCGCAGUGUAGUUUGUUGUCGUUGAAGCGGCGUGAGUCUGGAGUUUCCAUACGCUCGCCCUGUGUUCGGUGCGCGCACGUUCUCUUCGGCGGCGUGACCGCGUGUGUGUGUCAUCGUUCGCUUUUGCCCAUGGGGAUGGAUGGUGAGCUGUGAUUUUGGUGAUCAGCGGCAGCCGCGUGCGGCGUGUGGUUGUGGUGAUGAGUUUCGAGGUGGAAGACGAUUCGGCUUCCGAGCCCGAGGCGGCCACGGUCUACUUUGGCCAGGAACACGACGACUUCGACGAUGAACCCAACAAUUUCGUGGUCGUCUCGACCAUGCAAGACGAGAAUUUCGUGGUUGCUGCACUCUUCUGCGCCAUCGAGGAAGGCAACUUGACCGGGUUGGAGGAGCUUUUUUCCAUGUCCAGCAUCAACCCGAAUCAAAGUAAUAAGCAUGGGGAGACUGCUGUGCACGUAGCCUCAGGUCUGGCCCAGUUGCCGAUACUCAAGUUUCUACAUUCCAAGGGUGCUAACCUGAAGCUGGCAGACAGUCAUGGAGACAGCGCCAUGUACUGGGCAGCUCGUCAGGGCCACACGGACGUGAUCCAGUACCUGUGGGAGCACGGCGUCUCUGUGGACUGCCAGAACAGGAUCGGAGAAACAGCGCUGCAUGUCGCCGCACGCUACGGUCAUCGUCCGGCUGUCAAGCUGCUCUGUUCUUUCGGCGCCAACAUUAACGUUGCAGACGAGCAUGGGGACACGGCGCUCCACAUUGCUGCCUGGCAUGGCUUCCCGACCAUCAUGCACGUUCUGUGCGAGGCUGGUGCUCACACACACCUCCGCAACAAGGAAGGGGAGACGCCCAUCCACACUGCUUCAGCGAGAGGUCACUUGGAGAGCGUUCGCUGCCUUCUGGAAGCUGGUGCCGAUCCAGACCUUCUAGACAAGCAUGGCUGUACAUCUCUGCACCUAGCAUUGAGGAGGCAUCAUGUUUCCGUGGCCCUGCUUCUUCUACACAAUGGAUGCCAGACGGAUGUUGUUGAUAACCAUGGAGAAACUGCGAUCCACGUGGCAGCUCGUGACGGCCUUCUUUCCCUGGCCCAGACCUUGUGUGCCUUUGGAUGUAAAGUUGAUGUGCCAAACAAGGCCGGCUUGUAUCCACUGCAUUUGGCUGCCAAAAAUGGACACACCGAAGUGGUCCGCUGCCUUUGCCUUGCCGGUUGCAACGUUGACCAAAAGAACAAAGAUGGCAUCCCUGCUGAAAUCACUGCUCUUGCUCAAGGACACAGCCACAUUGGUGACCUGCUGAACAGGCUCAGAAAUGAGCAGCUCAAGGACGAAUACAUUGCCCAAAUGAUCCCUGGCACCCAGCCGCUCUCGCGGAUCAAGCUUAAAGUAUUUGGCCACAGCGGUGUCGGCAAGACUACACUUCUCGAGUCACUCAAGUGCGGAUACUUCAGCAGUUGGUUCCGGAGGUCCAAGACAUCCCCAACCUCUCCGAAACCAAAAUCUACGUCAGGGGCCCACAGCAGCCGGUCGAGCACGCCGGGGAUGGACGAGUUCACCAUUGACACCGACAGCGAGAACAACAUCAGGACGGCCGACCUGAAUGACUCGAGCGACAUGAAUGAACUCAAGAAGGCCAUAACCCCUCCAGCAACCGUCCUCAUCUCAAAGUGUUUGAGCAAUGGGGAUUCUCUACCGCUUCUCUUCGAGACCGUGAAUGCAAACUACACUCGAGGAAUUGACGUGCAGCAGGUGACCAUCUCUGGAGUCGGGGACUUGAGCAUCUGGGAGUUCUCCGGGCACGAGCCGUACUUGAUGCUGUACGACCACUUUGUGGGCAACGCCCACUGCCUCCACCUGGUGGUGUUCAGCCUCACCGACCCCCUAGAUGUCCAGAUACGCCAAGUUUGCUUCUGGCUUGCCUACCUUCAGGCCAGGGCACCACCUGUUGAACCACUAGGAAUGGGUGGAAAAAGCUCAUCACCACUCAGGGUGGCCCUGGUUGCCACCCAUGCCGACGCCAACGGUGGGAACAAGAACCAGAAUGCCGACGCACAGCAGCUGCAGAACAACGCCGAGGCGGAGGCAAAGCUCGUGCUCACGGCCGCAAGAAGUCGCUUUGAGCACGUGUUCGAACUCCACGACUCCGUGUUUGUGAUGGACGCCCACGUCGUCGGAUCGCAGAGCAUGAAGUUCCUCAAGCAGUACCUUUCCAACCACAGGGCAAAGAUUGUUCAGAAUCUCCCGAAAGGCACGGGCUUCCUGGACUCUAUGGUGGGGCACCUGCCCAACUGGAGGAAGUCCUCUCCGUCUUUCCCGGUGCUGUCCUGGCGCCAGUUCAUGGACAUGGUGCACAUCCAGGUCAACCCCCUGGCCGGAGAGGAGCACAUGAAGGAGCUCAUCCACCAGCUGCAGCUCAUGGGAGAGGUCCUUUACACAAAGUCUGAGAGUGAAGACAUGGUGGUGCUGAAUCCGAAGUGGCUCUGCAACUCAGUCAUCGGAGAGCUGCUGUCCCAGGAGCAGCUGGAGCGUUCGCGCGUGACCGGUUGCUACACGGUCGAAGACUUCCAGUUUGUCUACCCCGAGGCCGACGCCAUAGAUCUCCUACAGGUACUGGAGAAUCUCAAGAUGUGCACCCAGUGCGACAACGACGGAGACGUGGAAUACGAGUUUCCCUGCUACAACCUUGUGGAGACUCUGGAUGGGCUCUGGGACCCGUCCGACCCGCGUUACGCCGGCGGUGUCUACUGCGGCGUCCACGUGCUGCCCUUCGACGACUUCCCGCACGCUCUCGCCUCCAUCUUUUCCAGGAUACAGGUUCAACUGCGGAGGGCGUCCAUGGAGCAUGCUGACACGGACAACGACCUGUACCAGUGGCUAAAGGGCAGCAAGUUCUGCAGCGGAACUCUGGAAGGCAUGCUCACCUUGGUUGACAGUGACAGCGCCCUCGAGGUCAAAGUUCGCGGACCAAGGGGCUCCUCCUCAAACUGCUUCUACUUCCUCGAAGACCUCCUGAUGGUGGUUGACGACGUGCUGGGCGAGAUCUGCCCUGGCACCCAGUUCGAGCGCCACCUACUCAGCGCCGUCGACCUCCAGCACCACGCACCCCGCCCCGCCCGGUACCCCGCGCGGCUCGUCAUGCGCGCCAUGCUCACGGAUGGUGGAGGUCUCGCCGCGAAGGUCCCCCACCCGCAGACGGGCCUCCUCGAAUCCGUCUGCGACCUGCUCUGCUGCCGGGACCUCGUGGCGGGCUGCGCAUCCCUCGUCUGCGGGCCGGACACCCACGCCUCCCAGCUGUCCCUCCUGACGCGCCAGCGCCUUGGCGCCGCCCUGGACCCGCCCGAGAAGCUGGGGCGGGACUGGUGCCUCCUGGCCGUGCAGCUGGGCAUGACCGACCGGCUCCCAGAGCUCGACCCCGACUCCAAGGAGUCUGGCGGCCUGCUGGGGGGGAAGAGCCCCAUCGCAAGAGUGCUUGGCGAGUGGACUCUGGUCAUGGACAGCACGAUCGGGCACCUGGCGCGAGCGCUGGACGAGCUGGGGAGGGGCGACGCAGCGGACAUCGUGCUCGGGACGUCGCCGUUAGUCAAGGUGGCGGUCGCGCCAGCGUCAGCGCCAGGAAAGCAUGACGAUGCAGGCAUCUCUUCCGCAGCCGCCAAUGCGGCAGCGGUGUCGGCAGCCUCCAGCUCCAACAUCUCUCGUUAGAGUCCUUGAAUGUUUCGUCAACGUACGGUCGGUGCUGAAAAAUAUUGGCACGAACGAGCAGUCUGCUGACUGGCGAAGGGGCAAUACGUGGUGCUGUGGUUCCGUAGAUACGACGGAUGAGGUUUCACUUUCAGUUUCUUCGUAAUGUCGCAACUCCACGUGACGCUACUUUCCCCACCCGAGCUGUCGUUCGCUCGUGCUAACCAUUUUUAGUACCAACUGUAUGGCGUGCAAAUAAAUGCUUCGUACCCACUUUUGUACAGAGAUGAUCUGUUAAGGUGCUGCAUUUUGUGUCAUCCCGCCUUGCUCCAUCUGUCGGCAGCACAUUCAAGUAAGCGAGCACCGUCUGCCCUGUCUGCUAACUAUCGUCAUAGAUUGCCCAAAACGGGGAUUUUUUUCAACGAUGUAAGUUUGUCAGUUGAUAUUUUCACUUGAAUCUUCUGCCACUUAUCCGCACCUCUGUACUAGAUCGGAACACCAUACGUUGAGAAUCCAAUUUUUGCAGACUGCGUAAAGUGGGUUAGAAGAAUUUGUUUACAUGCUGUUAUGGUUGUCACAAGCUUGAUUGAGAGUGCUGAACCUUGAGUGGUGUGGUUGUGGACCUGUUCCUUUGCAACGGCUGGGUUAGUGCAGUUUUUUUUAUAUGUUUGUUUGUAAAGUGUGUUGAAUAGAAUCCAUAGUUUAUGUGAGCGAGUUAUUGGAUCCAGGUCCAUCGUUUUAUUUGCAUGUGUACAUAGGUGGAUGCAAUUGCUUGUUAUGGCUAGUGUGAUGUGCAUUUUCUGAUGGAACUGAGAUGGAGAAAGCAUAAUAUAUUAUGUGCCAGCUGCUUGCUGGUGUGUGAAUUCAGUUUUAGUCGAGCAUGCCAUAUUCACGCUUACUCAUGUCGUUAUGUAAUUUACGAAAAUUAGAUUUCCACGGGAAGGAGUUCAUAGAGAAAUGGGAAAAAUUAUGCCUGAUUUCCUUUAUGCAGUUACAUACUCCAAAUCAAAAGAACACUACCAGAAUUUAUAAGAUGAAGAUUGUCUCCUUUCCUGCCAGUUGUACCAUACUGUCUCAGAAGGGUUUGAGAAGAUUGCAGCUUUGAAAAACUGGAAGAUCAAAACAAGUUCAAAAUUGUCAUUGUGCCAGCAUACGCUUUGCCAAAUCUUAUUAGCCCUGAUGGUAUGUUUUAUUUUAAUAAUAGUCAUGUGCAAAUAGUGGAUUUUGUGUUAGAAGCCAAUAGUGGUUUUGGCUGAAUAUUCUCUAAUCGAAUAUUGAAUAGUUCCUCCAAGCCUUUCACUACUGUUGCGCCAUGCUUAAGCAAAAACCCCAGCUAAACUCGUGAAGGUUGUUUCCAAACUUUCACUUCUUCAUUUAUAAGCUAAUUCUAAUCUAACAAUAUUUAUGCACUGUGACCUCAGAAUGUCUAAUGCCUUGGGUUGGCAAGUAAGCAACGAAUUUGACAUAAAAUCAAUCCUAUAGAGAUGCCCAGCUAUAUCUAACUGAGUUGAUUUACAAACCGUGCUAUAUGCAAACACUCUUUCUUCAAUCUCAAAUUUGAAAGAAAACAAAUUAACAAAUGAUGAGUGCAGGUUCUCAUGACAUCUUUGCCUAUCAUAUACUCUUGGAUAACAACAAUAGCUUAAUUUCUGAAAAUUCGACUGCAAUAUGGAUAAGAACAUUCAAAAAUGUUUCUUUUUUUUUUAAAUACACCAGGUACAUGCAUGCAUCAUCCCGCUUUGAAAGUGUGCUUUUAUCCCAAGGUCACAAUUGCAAUAUUCAUACUCUGCCAAAUGUUGAUUGCUGCGGGUUACCCUGUUGAGUGCGCUUCAUACUGAGCACCGGUGCACUGCGGAGAAACAACACCCGUGGCGCUUGCUUUUACAGGUGUUGCUUCUUCGCAGUGCAUCCGUGCUCGAUAAGAAGCGUGCUAAGCAAGCCCAACUGGCUGUGAUCAACACUUAAAAAAAUAUUAAUAUCGCUGUUCCUCUCAAAGCGAAUAUUGAAUAGUGUAUUAUUCGAAACUUCGAAUAUUUACACAACACUACUUAGUAGUUCUGUUUUUAUACUUCACUUCUAAGCAGUGCUCAGUGGUCCCAUCAGAUAUAGUAUAUUGUAGAAUAACUCUAUACCUCACUAACAAGUAGAGCCAUCACUAAUAUUGAUAAGAGAUUGUGCACCUGUGAAGAUCCUGCUUUUUGAUUUUAGGGGUAAAGCUAUCCAACGAGGUUUGUUUUACUUGUUGGGGAGCAUGUCUUUGACUGGCAACAUGUAACUAUGUGACAGUGAACAAAUGUGUGCUAUCAAACUACUGUCACAAUGUCGACUUAUUGCCUGCCUUUGUGUUUUACAAGCUAACAGAUUGUGAUAUAUUGUGGUGCUUUACAAUAUCCUGGUUGUAUGAAUUGUAAACAUGGUGUGCCUGCUUCACUUGUCUGCAAUGAAGGACAGUAAUAUUAUUUAUGUUGUGCAUGGCAAUUUUCAGGGCCUUUUGCAAAGAUUUUCAUGUUAGCACACUAUGUUCAGUUAUUUACAACCUUUGUCUUUUAAAGCACAAUGUUUGGACCUAAUUUUUAAUUUAGUAUCUUUUAAAAGAAUGAGUGCAUAAAUUUGAUUUACAUUUACAAGCAUCAUUCCACACAUUGCCACAUUUUUUUAAUUCCCAAUGGUAGUAGAGCAUAGUGGUAUUAUCAGAAUAUGAAGAUAGUGUGAAGUUUUCUCCAUGUAUAACAUAUAGGCAACCUUUCACAUUACAGAGCCCUUAAAUGUGCCAAGAAAGAUUUUUUUUAAAUUCAGCCAUGAACAAAUAUUGCUUUGCCUUUUUCCAUGCUUAUAACAUGCCAAUAUAGAACCGUGAGAGAAGAAACAUUUAUUAAAACAAAGUGAUUACUUUGUGCUAAUCAUUCACCAUGAUUGCAUUUCCACAUUGGGCUGUUGUGCAAAAGCAAAGAAGUUUUUGUACCGAUUUGUAUGACCAAGCCUUCAUUAUGAUAUGACAACAGAUUUGGGCCUUAUCCACACAUUUCUGCCAUUGUUAUGCAUGUCUCUGAUUGUGGCUUUAUCUUUUCAAGAAAAUAAAGACAAAAAUAAUCUGAGGCUA